AGCACGCUUGCGCCUCGUUUGACCAAAGGCGUAGUAAAGAUGCCAGGCCGUCACCUAAACCUACCUUAUUUUAUCAAAGGUGAAGUUGUAAAAGGGUUUGGCAGAGGUUCAAAGGAUUUGGGAUGUCCUACAGCAAAUUUUCCUGAAGAUGUCAUUCAUAAACUACCCGAGGAUUUAAAUACAGGGGUUUAUUUUGGGUUCGCUCAAGUAGACAAAGGCGAAGUCCACAAAAUGGUGAUGAGUGUGGGAUGGAACCCCUUCUACAAUAACACAAAAAAAUCAAUGGAAACUCAUAUCUUACACAAAUUUGAAUCGGACUUCUAUGGAAAAGAACUGAGGGUAGUUAUUCUACAAUAUUUACGACCAGAAAAGAAUUUUUCAUCAUUAGAGGAGCUCGUUAAAGCCAUCGACGACGAUAUCAAAGAAGCUAAAUUAGCUUUAGAUAAACAAGACUUCGCAUUGUACAAAACUAACGAGUUUUUCUCAUAAUAUAUAAAUAUAUUUUUUAAUUAUAUUAUUUUUAAAUAAUUAAAAUACAGUAUUAACAAAUUUUAAUUACGGAUUCUAUUACGCAAUGUUGUAAAUAUUUGAAUAAAUAUUUAAUACUUUUAGACCUUGGAGAAAUUAAUCCUAAUUCAAAAUGUAUAAAGUUCUUUUUCUAGUGAAUAUAAAAGUAAUUGUUAUUAUUUAAUUAAACCAGAUUCAGAUUAUAUCAUAUCUGUGUACCAGAUAAACGCUUGUUUAUUGUUAUACCUUUUGAAUAUAAUACCAGAAUUAGGGAAGCUAAUUUUUAAGCCCAUCGUAAUCAGGAUGCCAUAAUUUCUGCUAUAAUCUAUAAUAUAAAAUGGCACAGUAACAAAUAUGCCAAUCUGUUUUUAAGCAAUUAGGAUUUUUCGAAGUUUUUUUCCAUACUCAUGGCACCUAUAGUUUGUUCCUUCUAAAUUUUUUCUAUGCAAAUGCGCAACCAGACAUACACCAAAUGGUAAUUAUAUUAUAGGCAUGUUAAAAUAUGAGGUUAUAUUUUAAAUUCCAUUUAAUUUAUUAAUAAAUUGAGUAUUUAUGGCCUUACGCAGGAUAGUAACUAAUUUAAACAAACAAAUUUUUCAGG